AUGGCGGGGGCGGCGGAUGUGCCGGCGGAGGCGGACAACGUUGAGGCCAUCAUCGCCAGGAUCGAGCACAAGUCCCGCAAGAUCGAGACGCUGCUGAAACAGUGGGUUGGCUAUCCCUGCUGUCUCUUUCUCAUCUCUCUGUGUUGCUCCUCGUACCUGUGAGAGGCUGAAGGAAAUCGAGGGCAGGUCCAAGCCGGUGGAAGCUCUGAAGAUGGCCCUGGAGGGAUCCCCGCCAAAAACCAAAGAUGAGAGGUGCAAGGUAGUUUCCUGGUCCGUCUCAUUAAUUUUACUGAAAAUUAUUUCUCCCUUCUCCUCGAUCGAUGAUUUUUUGUGGAUGCCUUUUGUUCUUAUGCACCAUUUCGUUUGCGCGGUGCGGAAUUCGUGCCAGUCGGCGAAUUGGAUAAUAGUUCAUAGGACGAUCAUGGCAAUCAAGGACGUGGACGGGAUGUUCUCUUCUCUGGAUCCAGAGUACUACGACAUCCUCAUGAAGUGAGUUCCUGAACCUGCAUCAUUCUGCAUAUAUUGCAUUCUUCGAGUUUUAUUCCAAUUCUUCAUCAGUGCUACCUGAGUAAAUUAUGCCUGAUCGAUUGCGAUGUCUUGUAUCACAAUGAAUUUCAUUUUGAACACAUGCUUUCACCUCAUUCCUCAGUCUCGCCAGAUCAAAACUGCGGUUCAUGACCGAAAUUAGUUAAAAUCAUCUCAAUUCAUGGCCCUAGGCAAUCCCCUAGAUGAGCAUUGCCAUCCGGAAUCUUAAAAGCCCGGGGGUAAUCAAUUCUAAGGUUAAUCAUCAACUUGUUAUUGUUAAAUAGAAGCUGACAUCUUCUCCUUUUUUCUUAAUUAUUUUCCCUUCCAUUCCUCGAGAAAGAAUCUCUCACAAAAAAUCCACCAAAGUCAGCCUUAGCCAUGGGAUCCAAGAGCUUGUGAGGUAUAGUGUCUGCUCCUACUCAACUGGAUCCAUAACCACAGCUAAUUUGCAUCAAAGAUUGUCAACAGCGUAUUCUUCUCUGUUGCAACAAAAAUGUUCUUGGUCAUCAAUGGAUUCGGAUCAAUGAUAGGAUAUUGCUGUGAUAUCAAACCAUAUGAAACUGUGUUUUACAUCAUGCAGCCAGAUCGGCGGUCGUUGAUAGGCCAAGGUAUUUGAUCCUAACAGAUGUUCUAUGACUUAAAUAGCUUUGGAAACAGGACUUUUCUAAGUCAAAAGUCAGCCGUCCUCGUUAACUUUCUCCACCCUCCAGAAAGUGUACCGCACAGAAAUAUGGAAACAAUUGCUGUAUUUAAUUAUUUGUCAGUUUCAUGGCUGUUAGUCUUUUCCUCAGAGACCUCAUUCAAAUAUGAAUAUUCCUGUGCUUCCUCUGAUAAUCACUGUAGAAAACUCCAUCAAUCCCUCUGGAGCAAACCUUCGAACUGUUGCCUUGUUCAGUGAGCAGUAGUGUAAUAUAAUAUCUGAUGAUUUAACGUUGAUGCAUAAACAAAGUGGGAACACAGUUAUUUUCCAUGGUUCUAAUGGUCUACGUUAGUUUCAAGCUUGAUGAAUGCAUUAGCUGUGCUGGACCAAAAUGAGGAUCCCAAAAUUCAUGUUAUGGAAUUUGGUUCUCAAAUUGUCUGUGCUGUGUAGGUAUCAACGAACAAAUCAUAACGGAUGUAAUGCCCUAGGAUUUAUAACAUGGUUAAAUCUACUAUUUUUAGUAAUUCUCUAUUUUCCAAGACAUAAUAUACGAUGAACCAUCUUUAGCUGCAAAAAGAUUACGAAUAAGAAGGAUUAUUUUUUUUUAAAUUUGGGUGAAGAACUGCACGCAACACUGUUGAAAUCUUUCCUUUGAAGAUCAAUGGGUGCUAGUCAAAGUUUUUUGUAUGAAUCGAGUUAUGUGGAAUUGAAAUGCCGAUAUACUUGCCUUUUUUGAAGUUUCCAUAACCAGAUGGAUGCAAUCAGACGCGUAUUUCAUUACAUUAUUUACCUACAGUACAAUUUAUUUAUUAAGAAAAUAUUGGAUGCUAUGAGAUUCCAAAACGGAAGAUCUAUAGUUCCUCUCAUUUAUUAGACGCAUUAAUUCCUUUGCCCUAAUUUUAUGCCAAAUUUCUUCCCUUGAUGAUGCUGAACUCUAAUUUAUUUUUAAUUUUUAAUUUUUUUUACUGCGGUUGGAAUCCAUUUUUUUCUCCUCCCCCAGAAUUUCACUUUGUUUUAAUCUCAAGUUUGGGUGAGAGAGGGAUUUUUUUUAAAUACAGAAAAAAAAAACCCAACUCAUAUGCCAUAAAGAUGUAUUUACUUGUCUUCGGUUAUAAUUAAUGGCUAGGAAGAAUAGAAUCUGAGACAUCAGGAUCGUAUUUACCUGAAAUGGAGUGUACAUCUCUAGAUAUGCUGUCGUAUAAACAUGUGUGCAUCUUUAUGAUGGUGUUCUAUGUAUAUUUUCAGAUUAAUUGAAUGCUGUUUUGUUCACUAGCAUGAAAAUACCUGAGACAGGCCAGAUACUCUAAAAUCCCCAAGAUCGCCAUGCCGGAGUUAUUGCCACCAUGAUAUCUAUAUAUAUAUAUGUAUUAUGGAUACAUAUUUAGGAUAAAUAAAAUUAUUGAUAUAUAUAUAUAUAUAUAAUUUAUUUUUUUCCAGGUACUUGUACAGAGGGUUGGUGACGGGGGAUCGCCCCACGUGCGACCAGUGUCUGAAGAUUCACGAGCGGCUGACCGAGAGAGCUGGCCUGGGUUGCAUCCUCAGGUCCAUCGCCGACACUGCCAACACUGUCUAG